AUGCUGUUCAAGAAGCUAGGUUAUGUUCUUCAGUAUUAUCUUAUUUUUACAGGUGAACAUGGAUCAGUUGGAUUGACAUUAUCCAAUCAUGAAGCAAAUUCAAAAGAAGAGAUAGUCUUAGGCCUCCAAGCAGGCGAUGUGAUUCCUGUGCCCCUUAGUGCAGUUUCAUGGUGGUACAAUUAUGGAAAUUCAGAUGUGGUCAUAUUAUUUUUGGGUGAAACAUCUACUACCUAUGUUCCUGGUGAAUUCUCUUACUUCUUCUUAACAGGAGCCCUAGGUAGCCUGGGAGGAUUCUCCUCUGAUUUCAUUAGUAAAUCCUAUAAUAUAAGCGAAACCGACGCGAAAAUGCUAGUACAAAGCCAAACCGGCACCUUGCUUGUCAAGUUAAGUCCUGAAGAAGGACAAAACUUGCCAUUGCUCACAAAUGAUAACAAAUGGGUUAAAAACAUUGGUAAUAUUUUGCCCGAUAUCAAUGUCAAGAAGGCCGGUAUAGCUACUUCAUUUACAGGGGUCAACUUCCCUUUUCUUGAAGAAGUUGGGCUAAGUUGCAAUCUUGUAAAACUUGAAGCAAAUGCCAUGCUUUCACCAAUGUAUAAUAUUGGUUCCAUAGUUCAGGUACUUUAUGUUGCCAAAGGAAGUGGUAAGGUUCAAAUUGUGGGAAUGAAUGGUAAGCGUGCCCUGGACAGCAACAUUGUUGCUGGUCAACUUCUCAUUGUGCCAAGAUUUUUCGUGUUUUCUAUAAUUGCAGAUGACGAAGGAAUAGACUGUUUUUCAAUCAAGACAAGUACACGGCCUAAUGUUGGAGAAUUAGCUGGUAAACAGUCAGUGCUGAAUGUGCUUCAGUCCACAGUUCUAAAAUCUGCCCUGAAUGUGACUCCAGAGUUUGCAAAUUCUUUCAAGGAAAAGAUGGCCGAGAGCGAAAUUCUUAUCCCUCCAAUGAAUUAAAAGACUACUUGAUAAGAUUGAGUAUUAUCUCAUGACUAAAGGCUUUUAUGUUUAAUUGAAAUAAAGGUUGUAAUUUGAUUUUGUUGUAAUAUCAAACAUUUUUAUGUUGUUUAAUUUAUAAUAAUGAUCAGCUUUAAAUAGUUA